AUGGUACAUGGUGGAAAGCGUGACCGCCGGACUACUACCGAUGCUCGUCCCAAGGUGAUUGCAGAGUACGAGCGCGCAGUGAUCUUUCGGUUGGGCCGAAUCAGGCCGGAUGGUGCUAAGGGUCCCGGCCUCUUCUUCGUUCUUCCUUGUCUGGAUCGUCUGCGCAAGGUCGACCUUCGCACCGUCACCUUCGAUGUCCCACCGCAAGAGGUGCUAACAAAAGACUCAGUGACAGUGGCGGUGGACGCCGUAGUGUAUUACCGCAUUUAUAACCCCAUCGUAGCAGUGACCAACGUGGAGGAUGCGGAUCGGUCUACGCGUCUGCUAGCAGCCACCACCCUCCGCAACGUUCUUGGCACCAAAAGCCUCUCCGAGAUCCUCUCCGAGAGGGAGUCCAUUUCGACCUCCAUGCAGACGAUGCUGGACGAUGCAACACAACCAUGGGGCGUCAAAGUGGAGCGUGUCGAAGUAAAGGACGUCCGACUGCCGUUGCAGUUACAGAGAACAAUGGCCGCAGAAGCCGAAGCCACGCGUGAAGCUCAAGCAAAGGUGAUAGCGGCAGAGGGUGAGAAGCGCUCCUCAGCAGCUCUGAAGGAGGCAGCGGACGUGUUGAUGGACUCACCACUGGCUCUUCACUUGCGCUAUCUACAAACUCUCAAUGCAAUUUCCGCGGAGAAAAACUCCACAAUCAUCUUCCCCCUGCCUCUAGGGCUGAUCCGGAGUUUUCUAAGGAGAGAAUAG